GCACGUUUGUUGGUCAAUUGAUUUUAAUUAAGUUAAAAACUGGCUCCCCUCAAUCUGCAUACAUGUUCACGGCCUCGUGCUGCGCCUGUCCGGUCUCACCCCUAGAAGUGCCGUCUUCCCGUUGCCUACGUCACCCCAUGCCUCACCAAAUACCAGAGCCUCUGUCUCCCUCCCCGUUGUCACCCUUCCUCCUGAGCUGCUACUGUUCGUUACACUUAACUCAGUUAUUGUGCUUCACACGAGAACUGCUGUGGAUCAUGUCCUUUAUGUCCGCUGACUGUGCAAACCACUUGGGACAGAAUAUUAAGUCUGACAGUCUGGGGUUCAGAUCCUAGGUCUGUCUCUUAUUCCCUGUGCAAACGUGUUCCCUCUCUGAGCCGGUUUCUCUUGUAGUAACUAAGGAGUAAGGAUAUAAAAUGCUACUGUAGGUCUGGCACUUCCUGGGUGUUCAAUAGGUAGAUGCUAUAAUUUGGGUAUUUGGUGAUGGAGGAGCAAUGGAUUAUCAUUUAUUCACUUACUCCAUCCAGGUACAUGUAGGACAUCUUUGGUGUAGAAUUCACAAAGCUCUUUUACAGUUACUUUUGUUGAGUGGGUGUCAGAUAAAUGCCUAAUGAUAUCUGCAGUGUUUCCAAAGCUUUCAAGAGGUUUUCCAGUCUUCAUGGCCAGGACUUUUUCUGGCAGUAGUCACACGCUGUCUUCCUUAGGUGUGACCUACGCAGGAGCAGGCGAGCCCUCCGGCCCUCCCCAUGGGAGGCCUGCGCAGUGCCCUCUCUGCCUACCGAGUCGAGGUGAAUUCCGUGCUUGCUUCCCUUUGUCCCUGCUUGCCCGCCUCUCUUGCCUGAAGUCUUAUCUUGUCCUCUGGGAGGUAUGCUAAGUGCUCUGCCAGCCUGCCUGAGUGCCUGGCCUGUUUUUUCUCACUGCCAGCACCUCCUGGAUUCCAACUCCAAACAUGGUAACCCUCUGGGGUCACCCUUUCUUCCGGUGCCAAGAGAGAACGCAUUCCAAAUGGAACACAAGUGUGCGUCCCAUGCUGGGCUCUCUGCAUUCUGCUUGGGAGCAACAGGGAGCAGGAUGUGGCUGCCUCAGCCCACACUGCUUAGGUUUUCAGUCUCAUUGUCCUUCCUUUCUCUCAGGACAGUUGAGGUUUUCCAAUAAGAACCAAAUAUAAAGACCGUUCUAAGACACCUGGAGCCAAGGAAGCUUGCCAGGCUGCCGCAGGGAGAGCCGCAGGCUUGCUGAGGCAGAGAGAGAAAGUUUUGAAAUUCUCCAUGCAGUGUGCUAUGUGCUGGUAUUCAUCCCCAAAGCCACCAGAAGCAUUCCUCCCAGCAGAGGUGGAGCUGGUGGUGAGAAGCUGCAGGUGAGAAGAUAUCUGGGAGGACAGAUUAAUUCAUCUGAGCUUCUCGUCUGAGGACAGCAGCAGAGCCCAGCGAGCCUUUGAGCCACCCCAGAGAUGAGCACCAACAGCAGCACGGUGGGCCAGCUCCUCUGGCAGGGGCCUGUGUGUCUGAGCUGGAAGCAGGAUCUGGAAGGGGCUGUUUACCACUUGGCUAACUGCUUCUUGCUCCUGGGCUUCAUGGGAGGCAGCGGAGUAUAUGGAUGCUUCUACCUUUUUGGCUUUCUGGGCACGGGCUACAUGUGCUGCGUGCUGUGGGGCUGGUUCAAUGCCUGUGGGCUGGACAUCGUCCUGUGGAGUCUCCUGUUGGCAGUGGCCUGCCUGCUGCAGCUGGCACAUCUGGUCUACCGCCUGCGCAUGGACACCCUCCCUGAGGAGUUUGACCUCCUCUACAAGACACUGUGGCUGCCCCUGCAGGUGCCCCUGCACACCUACAAGGAGAUUGUACUCUGCUGCCAGGAGCAGGUCUUGACUCUGGCCACGGAGCAGACCUAUGCCGUGGAGGGGGAGACACCCAUCAACCGCCUGUCCCUGCUGCUCUCAGGCCGGGUUCGUGUGAGCCAGGAUGGGCAGUUUCUGCACUACAUCUUUCCAUACCAGUUCCUGGACUCUCCUGAGUGGGAGUCGCUGCGGCCCUCCGAGGAAGGCCUCUUCCAGGUCACUCUAACUGCCGAGACUGAAUGUAGCUACAUUUCCUGGCCCCGGAAAAGUCUCCACCAUCUUCUGACCAAAGAACGAUACACCUCCCGCCUCUUCGCAGUCCUGCUGGGCUAUGACAUCUCCGAGAAGCUCUACACACUCAACGAGAAGCUCUUUGCUAAGUUUGGACUGCGCUUCGACAUCCGCCUCCCCAGCCUGUACCACGUGCUAGGUCCUUCUGCCUCGGAAGGGGGGCCAGAGUCCGAGAAAGACGAGGAGGAAGGCUUCGCACCAGCCAGGUCUCCUGCUCCAGUGGUGCCCACCUCUGUCCAGCAACCCCCACCUUGUUCUCCCCAUCCAGCUGUCACCAACCCUCCUGCACCUCUGUCCCGGGCCCGGAUGUCCAGGCCUGACAGCAGCGUCCUGGAGACACAAGAUUCUCCUCAUUUCUCCCAGUCUGGCUUUCCAGGGGAGGUGGCAGCAGGCAGAGUCCCCUGACGAAAGGAUCCACCAAGAUGUGGAGGCCAGAAGAGAACCUGUCUCCUCAGCUCCCUGGCUGCACCCUGUUCUCCUGGGUGUCUUCCGGAGGAGACAGUUCUCAGUCACACCGUUUUCAUAUUCUUUCCCUCAGAAAGGUCUGCAAAGUGCCUUGGUGGCUGGCACUGCGGUGAACAACCCUUCCCUUGUGGAACCUCUGGAAAGACUCCCAGGUGGUCCCGAGGCCACCUGCUACCUCCACCUGCCAGGGGCCUCCUGCAUCAGCCGGGAGACCAGCAGCUGCUCCUCGUGUAGCCUGGGGUGCCCCACAACCCCGCAGCUCCCAGGUCCCUCCGCUUUUGUUGUUCAGACUUCAUUUUCCUAAAAAUAGAAGACAGCAGUCUUACAAGUCUUACCAUAUCUCAGUAUAGACUUCUUCUUCUUCUUCUUUUGGUUCUUUGAGAUGGGGUGAUGUAGUCCAGGCUGGCCUCGAACUUGU